UGAAGAUGACACUGACGCCUUCACCCACCUGAACGGGUUUUAUUUGGUUCUCUCUUUCUUCCAAAUCUAAUCGGAAUCUUCGCCAGUUGAUUAACUGCUCAAUGUGUCAUCUCUAAGAUUGAAGAUUACUGUAUUUGGAAAGUAGUUUUGAGGGUGAAGUUCUAAUUAUUACCGGCUUUACUAUCAUUGGCAAAUGGGGUCUGAAGGUCCUUCAACACCAAUAACUACAGUUCAUGUUACUGGAUUCAAGAAAUUCCAUGGAGUUUCAGAGAAUCCAACAGAAACAACUGUCAAUAAUUUGACAGAGUACAUGAAGAAGAAGGGUUUGCCAAAAGGUUUAAUUAUUGGGAGCUGUAGCAUUCUUGAUACUGCUGGUCAAGGAGCACUUGUUCCACUGUACCAGAGAUUACAAACUGCCAUUAGUUCCAAGGAUUCUGAAUCUUCAAAUUCCAAUAAAAUUAUUUGGCUGCAUUUUGGGGUUAACAGUGGUGCAACAAGGUUUGCUAUAGAGAAACAAGCUGCCAAUGAGGCAAAUUUCCGUUGCCCUGAUGAAAUGGGAUGGAAGCCUCAGAAAGUCCCCAUUGUUCCUUCAGAUGGUGGAAUUUCACGAACACGUGAGACUUCAUUUCCAGUUGUGGAGAUCACCCAAGCCUUGGCAAAGAAGGGAUAUGAUGUUAUGAUGUCAGAUGAUGCAGGCAGGUUUGUGUGCAAUUACGUGUACUAUCAUUCCCUUCGUUUUGCUGAGCAGAAUGGGAUCAAAUCCCUUUUCGUGCACGUGCCACUCUUCAUGACAAUAAAUGAAGAGACUCAAAUGCAAUUUGCUGCGUCCUUGUUAGAGGUACUUGCCUCUAUAUGUUAGUAUCAUCCACUCAGACCCUCAAAAUUGGGAGCUCUAUUAAUUGCUCUGGUGUUGGCAUGCUUAUGAAAGUGAAUGAAUGUACCUUGAAUGAAAUAUUUAUAAUAAAAAUGUUGUAUUUAAAUGGAAACGGUUUGAAGAAAAUGGCAUUUGCAGCAGUGGCACUUGCUUGCAUUGGUAAAUGUUUCUCGUUAAAGGUUCCAGCACAUUGUGAAGACAAUUUGACAUCUUCAGUGUGUACCUUG